CCAACUCUAGUCAUCGUUGCGGUUUUAGCUUUGACCAUCUCAACUCUAACUCAACUUCGAUUUGUAUAACUCUCAAUGAGACGGGACAAAUCUAACAAAACUGAAAAUUGAGCAAAAAAGAAACAAAAAAACUCCAUUUUAUAUAACACUUGUCUUGACAACUGUAAACCAUUAGAAUUUAAACCCCAAAAAAAGAAAAAAAGAAAAAGAAACUGUAAGCAAUUAGAAGCGGGGACUGAAGCGCUUGACUCGAAGUCUCGAAUAAGUAAACGAACAUUUCCCCAAAUUCAUCGAACACCAAAAACCUAGAAAAUCCUCCUCUAUUCGUCUCCACUUAGAAAAUCAAUCCUUUCUCUCUGUGUGUGUGUGGUUGGUGAGUUUGAAGAUGGGGGAUCAGCUGGAGAGGCUUGGCUCGGAGGCGGCGGUAAUGGAAUCCGCCGUGAAAGACGAUCUGUGUAUGGACAUCGAUCCUCCCUUCCGUGAAAGCGUCGCCACCGCCGAGGAUUGGAGGAAGGCUCUCAGCAACGUCGUUCCCGCCGUCGUCGUUCUUCGGACCACCGCCUGCCGGGCAUUCGACACCGAGUCCGCCGCCGCCAGCUACGCCACCGGCUUCGUCGUCGACAAGCGCCGUGGGAUCAUCCUCACCAAUCGCCACGUCGUAAAGCCUGGUCCCGUAGUAGCAGAAGCUAUGUUUGUAAACCGUGAAGAAAUUCCAGUUUAUCCGAUAUACAGGGAUCCAGUCCAUGAUUUUGGUUUCUUCCAUUAUGAUCCAGGGGCAAUACAAUUUCUUAACUACGAAGAGAUUCCUCUUGCCCCUGAGGCUGCUUGUGUUGGACUGGAAAUAAGAGUUGUUGGUAAUGAUAGUGGUGAGAAGGUAUCAAUCUUGGCUGGUACUCUUGCUCGUUUGGAUAGAGAUGCUCCUCAUUACAAAAAGGAUGGCUAUAAUGACUUCAAUACGUUCUAUAUGCAAGCUGCAUCAGGGACUAAAGGUGGUUCAAGUGGUUCCCCUGUGAUUGAUUGGCUAGGGAGGGCAGUGGCUUUAAAUGCUGGCAGCAAGUCAUCAAGUGCAUCAGCAUUCUUUUUACCAUUAGAACAAGUUGUGAGGUCGUUGGAGUUUCUACAGAAAGGCCGAGAUUUUUCUGGUAAUAAAUGGGAAGCAGUUUCCAUACCUCGUGGUACGCUUCAGGUAACAUUUCUACAUAAAGGAUUUGAUGAGACACGUCGACUUGGUCUUCAAAGUGAAACGGAACAGAUGGUACGGCACGCGUCACCAUCCAGUGAAACUGGAAUGCUUGUUGUUGAUUCUGUUGUGCCUGGCGGCCCAGCCUAUAAGUGUUUGGAGCCUGGUGAUGUUCUUGUUCGCAUGAAUGGGGAAGUGAUUACCCAAUUCCUGAAAAUGGAGACUUUACUUGAUGAUAGUGUAAACCAGAAGGUUGAAUUACAAAUUGAACGGGGUGGUACAUCGCUGACUGUAAACUUUACGGUGCAAGAUCUACACUCAAUAACCCCUGAUUACUUCUUAGAAGUAAGUGGUGCAGUAGUACACCCUCUUUCGUACCAACAGGCUAGAAAUUUUCGUUUCCAUUGUGGCCUUGUAUAUGUUACAGAACCAGGAUACAUGCUCUUUAGAGCUGGCGUCCCACGCCAUGCCAUCAUUAAGAAAUUUGCUGGUGAAGAAAUAUCACGACUAGAGGAGCUAAUUUCAGUUCUAUCCAAGCUAUCUAGGGGUGCUCGGGUGCCAUUGGAGUAUGUCAGCUACACAGAUCGUCACCGUAGGAAGUCAGUCCUGGUGACAGUUGACCGACAUGAAUGGUAUGCUCCUCCACGGAUCUAUACUCGUGAUGAUAGUACUGGUCUGUGGAGUGCUAAGCCUGCUUUUCAAUCCACCUCUAUUCUAUCAUCAUCUGCUAUCAAGGACCUAGGAGUUCUAGCAGGUGAAGCAGUCCAACUGAGCACUGAGGUGACUUGUAUGGGACACAUGUGUCGCGAUAGCCUUGAAUCGACUGAUGGCCAUGGUGUUACUAGCAUGGAAACAAGUUGUGAACAAGUCUCAGAGGAAAUACAUUCUCGGGAUGUUGAUGUUGAAGUGAAGAAACGGCGUGUAAAAGAGGAUUUGUCUGCUGAUGGAAAUCUUGUUUCUGACUAUACCUUGCACGGAACAAGUGAAGCUAAACUGGAGGAUUCAAUUACUUUGGAAAAUGCUGUAGUGAGGGACUAUCAAGUUGCAACUGCUGUAGCAGCUAAUGCUUCAUUUGCUGAACGCGUGAUAGAGCCCACUUUGGUAAUGUUUGAGGUUUACGUGCCACCUUCAUUUAUGCUCGACGGUGUCCACUCACAACACUUUUUUGGCACUGGUGUAGUAAUAUACCACUCUGAGAACAUGGGAUUAGUUGCAGUGGACAAGAAUACAGUUGCAAUAUCUGCAUCAGACGUGAUGCUGUCAUUUGCGGCUUUUCCUAUUGAAAUUCCCGGGGAGGUAGUUUUUCUCCAUCCAGUUCACAACUAUGCACUUAUUUCUUAUGACCCCUCUGCUCUUGGAGCGGUUGGUGCCUCAGCUGUCCGUGCUGCCGAGUUACUUCCUGAGCCAGCAUUGCGCCGUGGAGACUCGGUAUAUCUUGUGGGUUUGAGUAGGAGCCUGCAAGCAACAUCCAGAAAAUCCACUGUGACCAACCCAUGUGCUGCAUUAAACAUUGGCUCAGCUGAUUGCCCACGGUAUAGAGCAACCAACAUGGAAGUCAUUGAGCUUGAUACUGAUUUUGGUAGUACAUUUUCUGGUGUUUUGACUGAUGAGCAUGGAAAGGUUCAGGCUAUAUGGGGAAGCUUUUCAACCCAGAAAAGAAAACGCCUAAGGAAACAUACGCUGAAAUUUGGUUGCAACACUUCAGAAGAUCAUCAAUUUGUUCGAGGCAUCCCAAUUUAUACAAUCAGUCAAGUUCUUGACAAAAUUAUAUCUGGUGCCAAUGGGCCUCCUCUUCUCAUAAAUGGUGUCAAAAGGCCAAUGCCACUAGUAAGAAUUUUAGAGGUUGAACUGUAUCCUACAUUGCUUUCAAAAGCAAGGAGUUUUGGAUUGAGCGAUGAUUGGGUCCAGUCUCUAGUCAAGAAAGAUUCAAUCAGACGACAAGUUUUGCGUGUGAAAGGAUGUUUGGCUGGAUCGAAAGCUGAGAACCUAUUAGAACAAGGAGACAUGGUGUUGGCAAUCAAUAAAGAGCCAGUUACAUGCUUCCGUGACAUUGAAAAUGCUUGUCAAGCAUUAGACGUAUCUGAUAACAAUGAGGGGGGGCUUAACAUGACCAUUUUCAGACAGGGACGUGAAAUCGAUCUUCUUGUGGGAACGGAUGUCAGGGAUGGAAGUGGAACCACCCGUGCAGUAAACUGGUGUGGGUGUGUUGUUCAGGAUCCUCAUCCAGCAGUGCGUGCUCUUGGAUUUCUCCCAGACGAAGGUCACGGUGUAUAUGUGGCAAGGUGGUGUCAUGGUAGUCCAGUGCAUAGAUAUAGUUUAUAUGCUCUUCAAUGGAUUGUUGAAGUUAAUGGGAAGCCAACUCCAAAUUUAGAUGCGUUUGUGAAUGUGACAAAGGGAUUAGAACAUGGAGAGUUCGUUCGUGUAAGGACAGUGCACCUCAACGGAAAACCCAGAGUACUAACAUUGAAGCAGGACUUGCAUUACUGGCCUACGUGGGAGUUGAGAUUUGAUGCGGAGACUGCAACCUGGCGUCGAACAACGAUCAAGGCCCUAGAUCGUAGCUGCAGAUAAGCUAAAAGGUUCUGUUUUGGAAUCAGCAUUAUAUUGAAAUUUGCCCCAUUAUACCUAUUAUAUUUGGCUCGACCUUGCAGGUUCUGGUAAUGGAAAGGGUAUAUACUUUGUGAAAAUUUAGCAUGGUACGAAAAUUGAUCUGAGAAAUGAUUUGAUAUUUGAAAAAUUCUGAGGGAUGCUGCCUGACGUCAGUCGUAGCAGUGAGCAAACUGCUAUUGUUACGGUGUAUCUAAUAAUUGUCGUUGGAGGUUCAUAUUAUACAUUGGAUGGAAGAACAUCCAUAGAUACCGAACUUUUUAGAGUUUAAAUUAUGAACAUAUACGUGCCCCAGCGAAGUUCUCAUUCCUUUACGCUGCAAGUGGUGGUUGUACCUUCAUUACCAUGGCCAUGGGCGCCUUUUAAAUUAGACCCUACAAUUCUGACAUUAUUAUUGUAUUGUGUAUUGUGUAUUGUGUAUUGUGUAUUGUGUAUUGGGUAUUGCUAGAGAGAAUGUUAUGCCCGUGGGAUGUUUGGUUACUUUGACUUGUCGAAUUUAUUACAUGUUAGAUUUAGAGACUCUGAAUAUUUGUGUUGAUUUUCAUUUCUUAUAAAUUGCUAUAUUGUUUCUCA